CCAGCGUAAUUUCCUGCUACUAGCAGAACGGCAGUAGUAGUUGAGCAGAACUGUAUGGGACCAAUUUUACACGGGUAUGGCUAGCAACGCGUGGAGGUCAAUGCUCACUCACGUCCUAGGGGCGGUGAAGAAACCGGCGCUAUGUUCAAGAUCUGCUUUCACAAGGGGGUUAAAGACUGUUACAUUAAUUCCUGGGGAUGGAAUCGGUCCAGAAAUCUCUGUGGCAGUCAUGAAGAUCUUUGAGGCUGCUAAGACUCCAAUCCAGUGGGAAGAGAGAAAUGUGACUGCAAUCCAAGGUCCAGGAGGAAAGUGGAUCAUCCCUCCUGACUGUAAAGAGUCAAUGGACAGGACACUGAUUGGGUUAAAAGGCCCCCUGAAGACGCCCAUCGCGGCCGGCCACCCCUCCAUGAACCUGCUCCUGAGGAAGACCUUUGACCUGUAUGCCAACGUGCGUCCCUGCGUGUCCAUCGAGGGCUACAAGACCCCCUACACCGACGUGGACCUGGUCACCAUCCGGGAGAACACUGAGGGGGAGUACAGCGGCAUCGAGCACAUAAUUGUUGAUGGCGUAGUUCAGAGCAUAAAGCUGAUCACAGAAGACGCCAGCCGACGCAUCGCUGAAUAUGCCUUUGAGUACGCCAGAAAUAACCAAAGAAGCAGUGUCACGGCCGUCCACAAAGCCAACAUCAUGCGUAUGUCUGAUGGCCUGUUUCUGAGGAAGUGCAGAGAGGUGGCUGAGAACUUCAAGGACAUUAAGUUCACUGAGAUGUACCUGGACACCGUUUGUCUCAACAUGGUACAGGAUCCCACCCAGUUUGACGUGCUGGUGAUGCCUAAUCUGUACGGAGACAUUCUCAGUGAUCUGUGUGCUGGACUCAUUGGAGGUCUGGGAGUAACUCCAAGUGGAAAUAUUGGAGCCAAUGGAGUCGCCAUUUUUGAAUCGGUCCACGGGACUGCCCCGGACAUAGCUGGUCUGGACCUGGCCAACCCCACCGCUCUGCUGCUCAGCGCUGUCAUGAUGCUCCGUCACAUGGGCAUGCACGACUACGGCAAGAAGAUCGAGACGGCCUGCUUCGACACCAUCAGAGACAAGAAGGUGCUGACUGGUGACCUUGGUGGGAAGUCCAAGUGUUCAGAGUUUACAGAGGAAAUCUGCCGCCGAGUAAAGGACCUGGACUGAAACUACUGCUGUUUUACUGCGGGGACGACAUUUCACCUACGCUUUUGAAAUAACUCUAGAUGACUGGGCGUAUUCCAGUCACCCUUCAGCUGCACAUUUGUAUAGAUGACUAUAUCAUAUUUAUGUAGGUUGCUGCGAAGAGACAUUUCUCGACGUGGUCUAGAAAUGUAAAUCUGUGCAGGUUGACUGCAAUAAAGACGUCCUGGAACGCGCCCUGUCAUGGAAAUGUAUUCACUCUUACAGUAUAUGUAUGCACACUUGUGACAUUUCCUUUAAGGAAAUUGAAUAAUUUCAAGGUGUCUGCAAAAUUCCCCACAAGCACAUUCAUCUACUACGUAUCACUGUCAUCUGGCAGUUGUUCUGAUAUUUGCGUUUAACUGUUAAUGUUAUUUCCUAAAGGCUAAAAUGUGUUUUGUUUAUUAUUUAUAUCAGUUUCUUGUGCAUGAACAGAUUGUAUCUCAUUUUGCCACUCAUUUCAGUCUCGAGUUCCAUUCAUAAAAAAAAUAUAUUUGAUGACAAUUUCA